UCCUGAUGGUUCUCUUUUGCCCUCCCAGGCCCGCGAAGUAUUGAUUUGUUUACAACUAGCUCAACUGGAGAUUUUCGAGUAUCCUAGCUAUAGCUAUAUUCUAUAACCUUGUCAAAAGCGAUUGAGAGAUAAUAUCCCUUUUUAAUUACGGCUUUCCGUGCUAAAACUUUAUCAACAAUUUCUGCUAUCAGUCCCACGCGCUGCUCCAACUUUGGACCACUUUAAAAGCCUCAAUUAUUUACGUUCGUGGCGAGUUGUUUUAUCGAUUUCACCUCCUUUCGUGCGCUGAUACGUUGGUGAAGUAUAUAAUAGCGUGCAACUCGAUAAGGAUAUAAAAAUGUGCCACAGAUCCACUAUGUGUGUCAGUGCAUAUGAUUUUUCCAAAGUAGGUCAGACGUGCAAGAACGCGGUCCCAGCGAUGAAAACUGACAUGGUUAUGAUUUAAAAAGUGCAUGAAAGAUCAAUAGUCAUGUAUGGGUUGUUGAUUGUUGGAUUACAGGCCGACAAUAAGGUAGAAUGGAUAGCGGCAGGCUGGAGGCGGUCCCCAAUGGGACUGUGCACUUGGACACAGUAAGAGCAUUGCAUCAAACUGUAGUUUCAUUGCGGACUGCAUUGGAAGUGUCUAAGAAUGAACUGAGAGCUUUAAAACAGAAGUAUGAGCAGCAUUCUCAGUGUACAGAGUAUGCUGAUGUAAUACAGAAAUUGACUAUUGAAAAUCAUAUAUUGAGACGCAAGAUAAUAGACUCGGGUUGUGAAGAUAGAGAGUCUCCAGCACAAAAUAUAAAAUUACAAGUGACUUACAGCCCGCGGCCACAAAGUUCAUUGGAUCGGUCUAUCGGUGAUGAAGUGGUGAUACAGACUGCUACGACAGAUGUCAAAGGCUCUGUAGAAGCAGAAGUUCCUGUGGAAGAAGAAGAAAGUCCUGUUGACACAGAAACAGAAGAGCCUCUUAAUGAAAUAGAAAUAUUCUGUUCAACAGAUAAUUUAAAUCAGCCUGAAGUUAGCUUUGCUGAAAUAGUCCCAUCUCCAGAAGUUGAUGUGAGUGCAGAAAUAAGUCCUCACAACAACACAGAAAUUGAAGAAAUACAUAGUCAAAUAACUACAUACCCCAAAGAAAGUAUUGAUACCCGUCAGCCAAGUUUCAAAACAAAAUUGGAGCUUCUUUCAAAAUUUGAUGUUAGAAUCAAAGUGAAGAGUGCGAAAGAAGGUGUAAUAAUAUCCAGUACAACAUCUGAGAGUGGAUCUACUGCUACUGAUGAGAAUAAAGGAAAAGAGGACAAAGAUAAGGCUAAGUUUGAAUUUGAGGAAAGAAGGGAACAUUUUGAAAACACUGAGGGUGUAGGCGGCAAGGUUAAUUUGAAAUCAGUGGCUACUGAAAGCAUUAAAAUGGCAGUGCCGAAUGAAAGUGAGGCUAAGAACAAAGUGGACAAAUUUAAUGUUCAGGUGAGGAUCACUUCAGAAGAGAAUUUAGUUGUGAAGGAGAAUGUUGAGAGGAGCAGACGCAAGGACACACUCAACUUGGAUGUAGAUGACUUGAGUCUGAGGUCCCUGUCAGAAGGUGACAACUCAGUUUUUUCCGAGGGCGGCGCGACGCCGAUGAAUCCGGCAGCAGAAGACAAGUGUGACCCCGAGGCUGGCAGCGGCAACGAGUCGGAGGAGGUCGACGAUAUAGAACUUAUAUUCACCACUGAUGAGUCCAAGGAUAUGAGCAAUUUACAGGAAGACCUUGUCUCUAUAAGGGAGACAGACCACUGGACGCCAGUUACCACAUCGACCACUCACUCCACUCCAGUACUCAUCAAAUUCCACACCCUCGAUCCAGACUUCCAGCCGGGAGGCGAAACUUCCGAGAAUGCUGAAAAUGAGAAUCAAGAAAACCGUAGCUUGCAGCUCACUGAGUCCUUAAAGAAACGGGUUUCACUGCCAUCUGAUAAGGAUAUACGCCAUGUAGCCUUCAAUGGCAAAAGUCUCGAUCUACCAGGGCGAGGCAUACUGAAGAGUUGUGACAACAAGUCUGACAACAUGUUGUACAAGAGGAGCCCGAAUACAAGUACUAAGAGAUUAGACAGUGUUGACAGUUUGACUUGCGAAUACAAUCGAGGCUUGAGCUUCGAUAACACCAAGUCUUCGAGCUUUGAGCUCGGCUCCAGUAUGGAUAUUCUCCAUAGAGACGAGAGCAUAGACAACUUUCAUAAGACACAUCAUUUAGGGCACCGAUUUUCUGUGUUUGCUGAAUCGGAUAUUUCGAAGUGUGGGAUUUCUGAAGAAGACUUGACCGGAAAUUUAAAUGUGAGGAGGAACACUUGCCCUAAUCCUUUUCAAUACAGAGCGCCGUUGCUUAUUGGUCCAUCGCGCGGCGUCCCUCUGAAGCCCGCGCCGCGGCGGCCCGCGGCGGCGCCGCGGCGCGACAGCGCGGCGCAGACGCUGCUGUCCGCGCUGCCGCCGCGCUGGAGCUCCGAAGGAUAUCUCGCACAUAAGAUACCACUCACGAGCGGCGCGCCGACGCUGCCGCAGCGCGUGACGGCGGCGCCCAGUGUGAACACUGCCGCGUCACGCAGACUGACGGUUCCUAACGCGCGACGCCCGCCCGUCUUGGCCGAGGACGAGCGGCGGGUGUUGCUGAGUGACAUUGGAUUCACUUCGAUGGUUCCGGAGCUGUCUCGCUCAGCAGAUCCAGUGUGGGCACUGGCCAAGAGGCCCUCACAAACUGACUCGCCUAUAUCUAACUCUACGUCCAAAUUCCUGUCGCGCGGCUCGUCGUGCCGCUCGCCGAGCGCCAGCGUGGACCGCAGCUACGACUGGACGCCACACGCCGGAUACACACCGCACACUAGACUGGAUUACCGUCCGUGGCGGAAUUCCCUCCCGGACGUGCGUCGCGACGAUACUGAGGAGCUGCUGUGGGAGGCUGAGAGGUUCGUGCGAGGGUCUAUCGAGAACUUACGAGCUACGUCUUUGGAUUUGGAGGCCGCCCCAGGGUCCCCGGGUGGGGUGGGAAGCCGUGCCCUCAUAGCUGGCGGCUCUCAGCCCUACAUCCCUUCAGAGCCGCGCCAACUGAGACUGGGACACACGGUCAAGCUGAUAUCGCCGCAAGGACGCGUGUUGGUGGGGCGAGUGAGGUACGUAGGUUUGGCGGGCAGCAGUGCGGCCACGAGCAGCGUGGUGGUGGGCGCGGAGUGCGCCAGCGCCGGCGCCGGCCGCGGCCGCAACGACGGCACUCACCGCGGCCGUCGGUACUUCCUAGCGGCGCCGCAUUGCACUGCGCUCUUUGUGCCCUUCAACAAGAUCGUCAUGGCUUGGCCCAACUAACAAGACAUAGGUAUGAUUGUGAAUCUUAUUACCAAGUGACAAAGUUGAAUAUUCAAUGACAUUAAAGUGGCCAUAAUACAACGGGAAUCUGCAUAGGUGUGUUUGUGAAUCUUAUAACCAAAACGCAAGGUUGAAUAUCCAAUGACAUUAAAGUGGCCAUAAUGUAAUGGAGUUCUGGAUAGAUUUAUUUGUGAAUCUUAUUACUAAGACUCAAGGUUGAAUAUUCAAUGUCAUUAAAGUGGCCAUAAUCUAACGGGGUUCACAAAGACAGGCGUCAUUUCGCGCGCCAAUUUUAGGCCUAAAAAGCAUGUACAUGUUUUUCCAAGGCAUAGGCAAAAUGAUAAUCUUUGCUCAUGAAAUUUAUUAGGAAAUAGAUCUAAUUUUACUAUGAAUAAGGGAAAAAAGUAUGUCCCAAUGAAAUUUGCGUCUCGUUUAAUAGUGAUUUAAUGUAUUAUCGAAAUAUAUGUCAUGCAAGUUGUAUGAUCUGUGGUGUUAUAUGUCCAGAAAAUAUUAUACAACUAUAAAUAUAGAAUUUCUACCUAGGACUGGUUAGAGUGAGCCCUGCUUCACAAAUAUUUCACUCUUGUAAAUGUAUUUAAACUCAUGCGCAAAUAGCGGUGUUAUGAAGAUUCGCGCAUGCGUCUAUUUGUUUAACAUUGUGCCAACUCCACACUGUCGCCGAACUCAGGCACAUGCCGACGUGAAUGCGUGAACAUUGCGGAGUUAGUAUGAGUGUUUUUAUUCACCGCAAUAAGAAACCCGCAAUGUAUACCGCAUCCGCCAAAGUUUAGCGAACUGUUCGACGACAGUGUGGAGUCGGCAUUGAAGUGUGCAUACACUGACAGAAUGUGUUCGUUUCUUAUCGAAUGUGUUUUUGCUACUUUCGACUUUUAUGGACACGUACCGCCAUCUAGUGGCAAGCCUGUUAAAAUAUCAAGUUGGGUUGCCUUUUCAGCUUACCCCAACAUUUUAAAAUUAUAGUCGAAAGUCGACUUAAUUGCAUCUGGCUUAAGGUGUAUUAGAUAAUAUUUCUUAGUACUAUGUAUUGCACGGAAAAUGAACAUGUGUAUAGAUCUUUAUAUUAAAAAGAGUAUAUCUUUUUGUAGGUUGUGGUAAAGUGGAACUAAUGAUUUAUUGAUGUAAAAAUAACACAAACUUUCCAUUAUGCCUAAUAUAUAAGUAGUAAAUAUAUUUAUUGGUUGAAAAAUACUUAAAUAACCAUCAAGGUUCUUGAGUAAGUGCUAAUUGAAACGGCCUAUUACCAAAGAGAUAAUAUAUUUAGACCAAAGAAAAACGAUAAAAAGUAUAAACCAAAUGUAUUUUCUAGUCAUAAUUUAGGAAUGUAGUAAUUUUUAUGACCAUGCGAAGUCAUAUUAAUAUUGCGACUAAGUAGAAAAAGUGAAAAAAAAAUUGUAUUAUAAUAACAAUUUCAAGUAGAUUGGUUGUCUGUGGUAAAAAAAUGCUUUCGAAAAUCGGGUUUUUUAAGCACAGUCGGGUUUUUUCCACAGGCGUGGAAGAUAAAACAAAUUCUUUUUCUUCCAACUAUAUGGUUUUAACAAUUCCUUUAGUUAUAUACACAACAUAUCUUUGUGUUGGCGAUGGGAAGUGUUCUGAGCAAGUAGAUAUUGUUUAGGCUAAUUUUAUGCAUAGUUGAUGUGUAUAAAUGUAAGCCUUGAAGGCAUAUGUGUUAUUUGUCUCUUUUCUUCAUAUCCUCAUUGAUAUAAAGCCGAAAGGGACAGAUAUUAAUCUUUUAACUUUUAAUGUUGGAAUGUUAUUCAAAAUCGACGAUCUCUUUCGUUAAUUUAUUAUUUUUAUCUGUGUGAUCUUAAGUGUUGAUACCUGAUUGUCGUCUCUAGGUCUAGUCGAUAUGGUAGUUUGCGCUAAACGUCACCAAAAAUUAAUAUAUUAUAAAAACAUUAGCAAUAUAUAGUAUACGGCCUAUUGGUUAUUGUAAAGUUUUUGAAUGAUCCAAUCUCAAUUCGAUUUGAAUAUUUGGGUCAGAACUGUAAAAUUAGAUGAGAAACAUAAAAAAGCAUUUGAAUCAAAUAUCCGGAAAAAUGUUGGUUCGUUUCGAUAGGUAAUUAAUAAUGUUUAUUGCUUAAAAUAAAUAAUUCGUAGUUCCAUCUAGUAUGUUAUAAAUAUAAGCUUAUAUUUCUUUAGUUAGUUGUCACUUGCUCACGACUCUUGAAACUUGGUGCUCUUCAAUAUUUUAAUUUUAUGUCUAUUUAUACUAUAAUUUGAUGCAUUUUUACUUAAAAUCCAUUUGUGUAUUCAGUGGUAUGUUUUAUAUAUAUAGCUUUCAAAGUAGUUAUUGUUAAUGUACAAAAAAGUACACUACGUCAUUUUAAAGUCAAUUUACAAAUGUGAAUUGUAACUGGUGAUAUAGACGAAUGAUGUCACUCUCAAAAUUUAUGGUCAAUCCAAUAUAUAUUGCUUCAUGUCUAUGCACAAAAAUGAUCUCUUUAUAUAUCCUUGUUCGCAUGUACAAUCAACGAAAGUUUUAUCGCGUUUUUACUAAAGAAAUCAGUCUGAUACAGAAAUAUAUUUUUAUUAUACACAUUUUUCUGUAGCAUUUUUAUUAUUAUUAUUAUUUAUAACUAAAAUAUUUUCUGUUGGAUGUACAUGAAACAACAUAUCGUAGCUUGAGCUAUAUUUUCAUAAUAUAAAAUACCCUAAUACAAUGCUUGAUAUUGAUAAUACAAUAUUAUAUUCGAAAUGUAAUACAAAAAUAUACAAUUAUUACUACAAUAUAGGCUUUGAAUUAUAUAUGCAUUUUAAAAAUUUACACGUUAUUUAGUUUUCAAAGUAUUUUAGUAUCAAUAUUAAAAAAUGUGAAAAUAAUUUUUGUUAUUUAAAUUUAUAUUAAUGAUUCAUCAACAAGGGCCAGGAAGGGUAUAUAUUACUGCAAAAAGCACAUACGAUGUGAUUGUGUGAUAGUGUCUUAUUAGAUAACGGUUUCUAAUAAUUAGGUAUUGAUAAAUUGAGAUCUGUUUUGGAAUACCCAAUUUUUUUUACAUCACUCCCAUUCCAAUACUAGCCUAUUCAUUAUUUAUUAAUCAAUAUUUCAGUAUUUUUAAUAAAUACUGAAAUAUUUAUUCAGGGCAUUUGGCAAAAGAUUUUAAUUUAAAAAAAUUGGAUUCCAAAUGCAAAAUUUAUAUGAUUUGGGUAUUCUAAAAGUC